AUGACCCCUCCACCACUCACCAUCUCCCUCCUCACAAUCCUCCUCUUGACCAAAAUCGCACACACCUGGACCUUCGUCUGGCGCAACGAAUCCGGCCCGAACGUCAUCCACGAAUCCAAACCCGCGAAAUGCGUCCGCAUCUACCACGAAAAAGGCGAGGAGUUCUCCUGGGAUCCCGAAGGCGCCUGGUGUCUUCGGAUCUGGGGCGAAGCGACAUGCGAGAACAUGAUCGGGUGGGAAUGCGAGCACACGCGGUGGCGGAGAGAUGCGUCGAGGAAUCUUUCCGCGUAUGAUGUGUAUGUGAUGCCGAAGGAUGCACAGAAGGAGUUUAUCACCGAGACGAGGAGUACUAGUACCAGUACGAGUUCUUCCACUGAGACGGGGACGACGACGACGACGACGGCAAAGGAUGCGCAGGGUAGCGCGACUAAGGGCUCUAGCUCCGCGACGAGGACGGGGGUCUCGACACCGACACCGACAUCGACGAGCGAUGCGGAUUCCGACGAUGAUUCGAGUUCAGGGUCCUUGUCGGGCGGCGCGAUCGCAGGGAUCGUGAUAGGCGCCAUAGCGGGUGUUACCGUCCUCGCGACGAUAUUUUUCCUCUGGGGACGACAGAAACCUCCAUCGGUUGAUGAAUCUGGCACAGUCAUGGCAUCAGAUACAGCGCCGCAGGCAAUGAGCGCGGAUCCUCGCUCUGGUUCUGGAUAUGAUUAUUCGCAUGGCGGUGUAACGGGCUCAUCGAACGGCCCUCAAAUGACGGAGGCGACGACAUUGGUGCCCUCGUCUGACGGGACGUCGAGAUAUGCAGACGGUGCUCACGUGUAUCGUCCCCCUGGUACGGGCCUGCCGGUUGAGUUGCCGGGGGAAAUGGGAGGCGUGGAAUUGAGUAAUUCGAGACAGUUGAUGGAGAUGGAUGGGGCGGGAUAUGUGAAGCGGUCGAGUUCGAUCGCAAAAGAAUAG